UCUGGGACAUCUGAUCACGUUUGUCUAUUAGAAUGGAAAAUUAAAUUGCAUUAUUUGAUAAUUAAAGUAGAUAGAGUGUGAGAAUGAUAAAAUACAGUGUACACUAAGUAUUUUGCAUUGCUCUAACAUGGGAGAUGCACGCUAGUGUUUGUAGAUAUUGUAGAAAUAAAAAUCUGUUGUUUAGUCAUGCAUUUGGUGGUAAAUUCAAUAAUUCUUGGGAUGGAGGAGAUGUAAGAGUUGUGUUCCUUGUGCAUGUCGGGGCUGUACGACUUUUGUGGUAUCUUGAAAGUUAAAUGUAGUGCCAGAAGCUGAGAUCAGAAAGCUAAAAGCUUGGCUACUAUGUAAGAGAGUCACCUAAACAGAGCUCGGAAUGACCAAACAACAGGAAGCAAACCUGUGGAGAAGUUAUGAAAAGAAAUAAGACCUCAUGUGGCAUAAAUGCAUGUUACAACCUGUCAAAGUGGACUGCCUCCCACUGGACCAGUGAAAAACAUACUUUGUGUGAGCUUGGGCCUGUCAUAUGAUGGAAUAUGCAUCAUGACUACAUCACUUGAUCACAAUUUUAUUUUUGUCACUGUGAAGCCUCUCAACUGAAUGAUGAGUUCUCAGCAGGGCUGUAAACAAAAAUAUUGGAAAAGAAACAAGUACUGAAGGUAAUUUGUCUGUGGUCUGUUUUUCUUCUAGUGGGUGGACAGGACUUAAUAUAACUGCCAGUGAGCAGAUGUUGGACAGAAAGUGAGAAGUAUCAGUUAUUUUCAUUUGGCUGUUACUGAGACUUGCUCAAGGAGUUGGACUUCAGCACAUUCAAAGUAGAUAAAUCUUUGGAAUCAGGAUUCACAAUGGGCUCAUCACAUGUCAGUGGAAAUUGAAGAUUCAAAUCAGUGGGCAGCAGUAUUUAUUACUAAGCAGCUGUUGCAUUUCUCAGAAAUUAAGCCACAGCUGACAUCUUCAAAUCUCACUGGAGCUGACCAGAUAUCCAAGUGCAGAGACUUAGAUUUACUGUACCAAAAGUUAUUCAAGCCAUACCAUGUGCCUAGGGCUGCUUUUAGAGAACUGACAUCUUUUGGGGAACUUAGAACAUACCAGGAUGGUGAAACCUAUGCAGAAGAGACUGCCUCAGUGUGUGGUCAGUAUUUGUCCAUUGUGGUCAGUGGAAGAUUCUCAGUAUCCUGUGAAGAGUUUGAACUGCAUCCUAUCCAUCCACACCAGUUUUUAGAUAGUCCAGAGUUUGAGGCUUGUGCUCCAGAGGUGAUAGAUAAACAGAAACAUUUCCAGGUCACUAUAACAGCAACAGAAGACAGCUGCAUCUUCCAGUGGGAUGCAGCAGCAUUGAGAACUUUCUUAAAAACUCACAUCUUCCUUGAAACAAUCUUUUCAAUGUUAAUUGGCAAGGAUAUUACAGCCAAACUCCAUGCUGUGCAGCAAAAAAUAUUCCAGAGGAACAGUACUCAGCAACCACUCUUGAUAACACAUUCCUCUUCAUUGCUGGAGAUACGGAACCAGAUCCUGUCUGGCAACCAUGUUGAUGCCAUGGCAGCCUUACAGAGAUAUGCAAAUGCCUGCAGAAAUGCUGAGCAUCAUUGUGAUGGUAGGAGUAGCAUAAGCAGCGUCAGCAUCAGUAGUCCAGGACCUUCAAUGAAAAUACCAGUUAUUACCAAAGAGACGUGCGUAUAGCAGAAGGAGAAAAGAACCAUUAUUUAUUUGCAUGGGUAGCUGUAUAGAAAUGAUACAAAGAGGUGGAGUGACACGAAUUAUAAUAUUCAGGAUUUUUACGACAUAUUUGGGUACUUAGCCAGAGUACAGUUGUGUAAUCAGUCUUCUUACUUUGAUACCGGCCGGCCCAGAAUUUUGCCAUGGGGAAGGGGGAGGAGUGGUGAAAAGAAAGGGACGUCACGUUUUCCCUCUUUUCCGUAUUUUUGGUUAAGAAAAGUUGAAACUGGCAAGUUUGUCAAGUGCCCUCUAUCGCGACUGAUUCUGCCUCUGUGAACCUAGCUCAUAUUCAUGAAGGUUUUCUCCCAGGCUGGACGUCGGUCAUUGUCGAUGUACCAAAACUUCAGACACACGUUUAUACUAGAUAUUCCUCCCCUUAAAUUUACCACCGGUAGUUGACACAUACUUAUUUUGAUCUGUUUUGCGUAUAUUUAAGAAUAAAUUUCAAGUUAAAAUCAGUAAUAUUUUAUUGCCCCGCAAAACGUGUACAAAAUUAUGAUUUGCUCUAAUAAUAGAAAUUAUUAUUAAAUUUUUCUUUACAUAU